AUGCUGAAUCUUCAAAAUAGGCAUAACUACAUUUGUGGUUGUUGUUUUUACACGUUAUGUAGGCUACUCGUUGGGGGAAAUGCAACACAACAUGAAUUCUAUGCUUGUCAAAUUGUAUGCAUAUAUAAUUAGUUUAUAUUUCCGUGUCUACACUGGACACGUGCGGCGCGGCGCGACUAGACCCGCUUUGUCACGUCCAUGCAGACAACUUAAUCGAGCGAGCUGCUGAUCUGCUGAUCCGGCGCUGCAUGACUGCACGUAAUUUCAAAUAUUGAAGAUUCAUCGUAUAGACGUCGUAUAGAGGUAAGGUCGACGGCUCAUUAACCACUAAAAACGGAAGAUGGAAGACGGAUUUCAAAUAUUGAAGAUUCGUCGUAUAGACGUCGUAUAGAGGUAAGGAUGACGGCUCAUUAACCACUAAAAACGGUCGAUGGAAUGCGAUGUUUACCAGACGUUACGAUCUUUCACAGACGUCUCCGCGACGUACGUGUGCUAUCUAUAUUACCACAGCAAUAGCCUACAGAAUUACCACAACAAAUUAAUUCAAGUAUGGUUCAAAAACACUAUAGUAUUUACUUUAAAUUACUACGGUAUUUUUUCACCUCAAAUAGUUUCUUAAGGCUAGAUCCUUCUUGUGCACAAGUCUUGUUUAAUAAUUGAUACUCUUCAAUAUGAAUAAAGCAGAAGAGCAGGCACGCGAUCAACAGCCUAUUUUAUUUAAUCUCUCGCAUGCAAAAUUUCACGUGCAUAGUGUAAACCUUCGUCAUAAAAGCUAUAUAGUAUUAUAUAUAUAUAUAUAUAUAUAUAAUAUUAAAAUGACAUAACCACUGCACUAUAUCAACAGACAAGCAGAGAGAAUACGUAGGCUAGACAGUGCUUGUGAUAUAAUUAACUUUAAUUUUAAGUGUUUGUUUUUAUAGGCUAUCGACCACAGAAACACAUGACUGCCUCAGCGUAUAUUGUAUAAUAAGCUAUAUGCAUUAAUAAGACUACUGACUUACUGACCUUGUGUAAACUUUAUAAAAAAAAAAAAUGUUAACCUGAAAUGAUGACUCUGAAGACUUUAAACUUUAUAAUCAUUUUAUUGACCACAGACACUGUAGCCACAACCUCGCAAAACUAAAACAAAUCAAGUGACUAACAGAUAAAUCAAAUAGAAUAGCGAAUGUUAGCUAAUAAUAGUUAUCGCUAGAAGUGAGUGAAAGAUUGCUUGGAGCUUUUUACAACGAGCUAGCAAGCAUAUUCACAUAAAAGAAACGUUAAACAACUGUUAAACAAUACACUUACAUUCAUAUACAAUACAUAUCUCUUAUUGUUUUUCCGGAAAUAUCCCACUCGAUUUGAGCAAAUCAGGUAAAGAGGUUGAAAAACACCUAUUCCCGUGUGACAACACCCCAAAGUUGGGAACCGCCCCUUUUUGUUCCGCAGAGACCUCCUUCUCAGCUUGAGCGCCACUUUUUUAGUUGUGCCUCGAUAACGUUUCCUUCAUUUCACAGAGAAUGUAAAGAGAAAUGGAGGAUUGUAUUAAGAAAACAGUGUUGCGUGAAGAAAGACAAAGAGGAAAAAACAAAAAUAUUACAGUUGAUGUGCAUGUCCUGAAGAAAGAAGAAAAUCAUGAAACAUUCAUUCAAGAAAAACUGAAAACUUUAACAAACUUUAGAAACACAAAUUCUGCAAGUCAAAAGGACAAGGAUAAUGGAUACUACAUUUUCUACUGUAUCCGGUCAGGGAACCCCGUUGAUGGAAGUUACAAGACCUCAGGGUGUAUGGCUUACACAUCGUUUAAGGUUAAAAAUGAUUGGCUAAGCCACAAAAUCAUUGUACAACGCACAAUGGGCACAAUGCAACUUUUGAACAAGAAGGACACUUUCAAACAGUGUGUCCAGAUUUGGUCAAACAAAUUGAAGAAUGGAUUUCAUUGGGUGUCAAGCCAGAUAUCAUUCUACUGGAAGCCCACAAAUGGUCCAGAUCUCACGGACACACCAACUUGAACAACCGUCAGUACUUUGUCACUCCAAAAGACAUUGAGAAUAUACGCACAUGCUUGGUACGCCAAAGCCAUUUGGAUAAAGAUGAUGCUGUUAGUUCAGCCAAAUUAUUGACCAGUCACCUCAAGGACAAUGUUGUUGUUUUUUCAGCCUUUUUCCCACAAGAAGGAUCUCAUAAUUAUCCUUCAGACUCCCAACAUGAGAGAGAAUCUACACAGACAUGGAAAGAACAUUAUAUUUUUGGAUGCCACUCAUUGCGUCAACCAGUAUAAUUUUCCACUUUAUACCCUAGCUAUAAGAGAUGACCAUGGCCAUGGAGUUCCAGUUGCUUUCAUAGUAACAAGCAAUGAGAAAGAGGCAACACUAGAGAUAGCUUUACAGCAAUUAAGGAGAGUGUGUCCUACGGCACCAAGGUGCUUCAUGGUGGACAAGGAUAUGUGUGAGAUAAAUGCCUCGCGGAAAGUCUUCCCAGAGUCAGAUAUCUUGCUGUGCUGGUAUCAUGUUAUGCAAGCUAUUGUCCGUUGGCUUUCAAAGACAGACUCUGGAAUCAGUGGACCAUCAAAUACUGAUGUUAGAACACAAAUAAUUUCCUUCAUCAGAAAGAUGAAGCUUUGUGCAACACAUCAAGAUUUUAAGUCAACUGCUGAGCAAUUCCUCAAGAGGUUUGAAGAUUUCCCUGCUCUUUGCUCAUACUUCAAGGAUCACUGGCUGGAAAUAGGAUACAUGUGGUCUGACUUUGGACGGUGCUAUAACCAUGCUGACUCCGAUACAAACAAUCUUGUUGAAAGAUUUUUCCAUCGCCUAAAAUAUCAGUUUUUGGGUGGCAUUAGGAACCGUAGACUGGAUGAUCUUAUCAGCAUUCUCAUCAAGAAGACAGAUGGAUACUUCCAGGUCAUUCAUGAUUUGCAGGCAGUUGGAAGAAUAAAAAAUGCUUCUUUGAGGUCAGGAGAAAUACUUAAGUCAGCCUCUAGAUUGUUGGAAAAAGGUUGGCAAGAUAGCAUUAAUCUUACAUCCCACGACACAUACCUUUAUGAAGUUCCAUCAGAACAAACUCCUGGUCUAUCCUACAAAGUUUGUCCAUCUGAAAGUUUUUGUAGCUGCCCAAUAGGAAUCAGAGGACAUCGCUGUAAACACCUUGUACUUACUGAUUUGCUGAGUGAACAUGAUUCUCAGAAGUUUCCUGCUUUGAAUUAUCAAAUAAACGCACAUGCUAGUGUAAUUAAGCAAAAGAAGCUUUACUCUAUUCUGUGCUUUGACACAAAAGAGGUAGAUGUAAAAAGUUUAUGUAAUGAGAGGAUUUACCACACUUCUGCAACAACAUUUCAGUGUACCUGUUGUACAUUCUCUUACAAUGAGAAAUGUGCUUGCCUUCUACUGGCAUGUGAAUUAUUUGACGUCAUAUUAACAAGAGAUGUACCUACUUUGUGGCAAGAAGACAUGUCAGUGCAGUUAAAUGUGAUCACUGAAGCAAACCACUCUAAAACUGAAGUGCAGAAGUUAAAUGAAAUACUGGAGACUGUGCAGAAAUGGCAGAACAUUCCUCAGCACAUUAGCCAGCAAAUUAAAAACCUGCAUGACAGUGUAACAAAUGCCAGCAUGACUGUAACAGCAUUUACAGCUGUAACUACAGAUUUGACAAGAAAGAUAAGACCACUGUUUCCGCACAGAGCAAUAAACAUGAAACAAAAGUAUAGAAAGAAUUUCAAAAGGCGACUAACUAAAUUCUAAGAAUGAAUGUAGAUAUGAAAAAAAAAAACAAACAACUAAGGCACUGUAACAAUGUAAAAUAUACAUUUAAAAUUAACUGUGCAUAUGAGAAAUGAAGUGAAAGAGACAGAGACUUUUUGAGAGACUUUUUUUUUGGUUUUGUUUAUUUUACUAUAUUUUAAAACAAAUCUGGAAAAAUAAUGCCAUCUUUAAUUGUAAAUUAAGCUAAGUAAACCACGAACGUUUAACAUUACUCUGCUGUCUGAAUGUGUUCUCUAAUAGUGAUGUGUUUAUGAUAUGUAUGUUUGUGUUUGUGAUAUGUAUAUUUAAAUCAAUUAACUGUAACAUUACUUAAUUAACUGAGAUGACAAUGUUUGUAAUAAUUUAACGUUCAUUUGUUAUUGUGUUCACUGAGCUGUUUUGUCAUCUUUUCUUUCCUCAGGUAUGUUUUCUUCAUCUCUACCUUCUAUUUUUCUUUUCUUGGCUAUGUUUUCCUCUUGCCCUCUCUCGUCAACCGUUUGCUCUUCUUCACUUUCUCUUUCUUCUGCUUUGUUUUCCUCUGCUUCACUUCUCUGUGCUGCAUAAGCAAAACUCACAGUCAAUCACCAGUAUUACAAGAUUAAUGUAGCACAAGUUAAAUACAUAUCAUCUGCCAUAUCAAAACAUCAGAAUGUUAUGCUUGUGCACCCUAUGCUGUAUUUUAAAUAACUUCCUAAAAUUUUAGAAAAUAGUGGCACACGAUUUUAGAUAUUUUAACUGAAUUAAUUUCAUAAGG